GGACAGCAGUAGAUAUGGAAAGACUGGUUGAACGGUUGGAGAAGGCUGUGGAGCGCCUGGAGACGGUGUGCCAAGGACCUGGCAUGUGUGGAGAUGGUUCUUCCAAAGGAGUGGCUCAGUACGUGCAGGCUUUCGAUGCCCUUCUGGCUGGCCCAGUAGCUGAGUACACCAAGAUCAGCAAAGAAGUCGGCGGGGAUGUGCAGAAGCAUGCUGAGAUGGUUCAUGCAGGCUUGAUGAGUGAGAGGGCUCUUCUGGUGAUGGCAUCCCAACAUCAGCAGCCAACAGAGAAUGUGUUCUCAUCACUUCUGAAACCAAUUUCAGAGCAAAUCCAGGUGGUUCAGAAUUUCAGGGAGAAGAACCGUGGUAGCAAACUGUUCAAUCACUUGUCAGCAGUCAGCGAGAGCAUCCCAGCCCUGGGCUGGGUGGCCAUGGCUCCAAAGCCAGGUCCUUAUGUGAAGGAAAUGACCGAUGCUGCCAUGUUUUAUACCAACCGGAUCCUCAAGGAGUACAAGGAUGUAGAUAAAAAGCAAGUGGACUGGGUGAAAGCUUAUCUGAGUAUCUGGACAGAGCUGCAGGCAUAUAUCAAAGAGUAUCACACCACAGGGCUGACUUGGAGCAAAACAGGUCCUGUAGCAACAGAAGGGGCUAAAUCACCAUCCGCUCCCCCAGCUGGGGCUGCGCCUCCCCCACCAGGCCCUCCUCCCCCACCUGCUCCUGCCCCCAUGAGCUCCAGCACAGAUGAGUCUGCCUCCCGCUCUGCGCUCUUCGCUCAGAUCAAUCGGGGAGAAGGCAUCACCUCUGGCUUAAGACAUGUUUCAGAUGACAUGAAGACCCACAAGAAUCCAGCACUGAAGAACCAAGGGGGUCCUGUGAGAACUGGACCCAAACCUUUCACUGCUCCCAAACCAGCCUGUAAUGCUAAUCCCUCCCAAAAAACCUCUCCAAAGGCACCUGCAUUACUAGAAUUAGAGGGCAAAAAGUGGAGAGUGGAAAACCAGGAGAAUGCCACUAACCUGGUAAUCAGUGACACAGAGUUGAAGCAGGUAGCAUAUGUUUUCAAGUGCACAAAUAGUACACUCCAAAUCAAAGGCAAGAUCAACUCCAUCACCCUCGAUAACUGUAAGAAACUAGGGCUGGUGUUUGAUGACGUGGUGGGCAUCGUAGAGAUCAUAAACAGCAGAGACAUUAAAGUUCAGGUAAUGGGUAAAGUGCCAACAAUUUCCAUCAACAAGACAGACGGUUGCCACGUUUAUCUGAGCAAGAACUCCUUAGACUGCGAAAUCGUCAGUGCCAAGUCAUCAGAGAUGAAUAUCCUUAUUCCCACAGAGGGUGGUGACUUUACUGAAUUCCCUGUCCCAGAACAGUUCAAGACAGUGUGGAACGGUCAGAAGUUGGUUACCACUGUGACGGAAAUUGCUGGCUAAGCAGAAAAGCUCCAAGGCUCAUGCCUUCCCCUGGCCCUGCUGUGGGACAAAUCUGCUUUCAGAUGAUUCUCUUAGAUUUCUUGUACCUUUCUGCUCUCAAACUGCUUCUCUUCUACCCGAGAGACACAGCUACCUGCCAUCACUGAAAUACCUCUGGCUGGGGUUUGGUGUAGGUGGCGGCUCAGUUAUCGUCUACAUCUAUUAGCAGGAAGGUGUAUUUUUUUUUUCUUCCCUUGUCUGAUCUAACUGCACCAAUUGAUCGAGUCAGAUUUUCGGUGAACUUCACAGCCAGUACUGGCAGUUGGCUUUCAGAGUGUUGUUCGGGUUUUUUUUGUAUUGCCUUUAAGCAAACUGUUCAUGCGAGAGAGGAAUGUUGUCCCUUUUUUAACAAAUAAUGGUUUAUGUCAGGGUCCAGAGUACCCAGUUGCUAUGGCGGAUGUCUCAAGAAGGUCCUGGAAGCUGCCAAUUCCAGCUCU